GUUGGUGUUUCCUUCUAAGAUCGUCGUGAACUCAAUACCGUGUUUCUUCAUGCCUGCCUCUCUUCACUGUAUCACUUCUUCCUCUCCUCAUUUUUUUCAUCAAGUCGAUGUUAUCGGCCCCCAACAGCAGAAUUGUCCUUGCCUUUUUUCCUAUAUAAGGAAGAACGGAACCUGUGAAAUCAAGAGGCAUUCGUUUCAAACGUUACUUCUUACCUAAAUUAUUCUUCACUGCCAUGUUAACUCGACCCCACGUUGAGAUUUGACAGAGAUCCCUCCUCUCUUAUUCUGACUAUCUACUUUUUUAGUAGUUUUCUUUUCUAGUUGUUUAGGUAAACAGGGUGCAACUCAAACAACUCUCUCCCAUAAUGGAUCCGCCAGAACUCUUCAGUACUACAACUCCAUCGGGGUCGGAACCCCGCGUCAAAUCCGAAUGGCUAGUGCAGAGCACACCCCUGUCAGCCCUGCCUACCAGUGAUUCGGCUACCCCUCGCCAAGGUGAUCGAGAUGGAACACACCGCUGCAUUUAUGUUGCACCCAUCAGGCCUGAUCCUGACACAUUAGAGGCCGAAUCUCAUGAAUCCCUUAAGACCCACGAGACCGGGACGAAGGAUCGGACGAAUGAUCCUGAUUAUCUCGAACAAUUAGUCACCCACGAUGGCCUCGAAGCGCUUGAAGCCGGCGCCGCAAUUCGCGUCACCUUGUUAAACCAACUCGAGGCUUCCCUAAGCACUGUCAAUGCACCCGCCGUUUCGGUAUGGCUCAAUGCAGUCGAGGAAUUGGAGAAAAGUGCAGAGCCCGCGCGGACUGUCAUAGGUGUUGUGGGCAAUACCGGCGGGGGUAAAAGUUCCAUCAUCAAUUCUAUCCUUGAUGAAGAGAGAUUAUUACCCACUAAUUGUUUGCGCGCGUGCACUGCAUCGCCAACCGAAAUCUCCUUCAACCACUCAGAGGACCCUUCUGAAUUGUACAGAGCUGAGGUGGAGUUUCUGACAAAACAGGAAUGGGUCAGCGAGCUUGAGGUACUGUUCAGUGACCUAUUUGAUGGCAAUGGGGAGAUUUUACGAGAAUAUAAAAAUGCCGAAAGUGAGGCGGGUGUAGCAUUUGCUAAAUUGAGGGCUGUCUAUCCGCACAAGACUAAGGAGAUGAUUGUCAAAGGGACACCAGAGUCUUUCGCAAAUGAACCAGCCGUGAGAGGUGUCCUUGGUGAUACCAAGGUGCUCAAAGAUAAGUCUGCGAAAUCGAUUUACGGCCGACUCCAGCACUAUGUUGAUAGUAAGGAGAAGGUGACUAGGGUUGGUUCUAGGAAGUCCAAUGUUCAAAUGGAAUACUGGCCUUUGAUUAAGGUCGUCCGGAUCUAUACUAAAGCCGAUGCUCUAUCUACAGGGGCCGUGAUAGUCGAUUUGCCUGGUGUACAAGACUCGAACGCAGCACGAGCUGCUGUCGCACAAAAGUACAUGAAGUCAUGUACUGGUUUAUGGAUUGUAGCACCAAUCACCCGCGCCGUGGAUGAUAAGACUGCCAAGUCUCUGCUCGGCGACUCAUUUAAACGCCAAUUGAAAUAUGAUGGCGCAUAUUCUGCAGUCAGCUUUAUUUGUUCCAAGACCGAUGAUAUAUCUAUCACGGAGGCUGUUGACAGUCUCGACCUUGAGGAAGAAAUCGGUGACUUAUCGGACAAGGCCGAUCAAUUGGAAACUUCCAAGGUAGAAGCCCAAGAGAGACUCGAUCAAUUGGAGGAUGAGAAGUCGCAAUUAAAAGGACAAAUCGAGGACCUUGAGAAUAAGGUUGAACUAUGGGAGGAUAUGGCAUAUCAUGCCUGGAAUGGCAAAGAAGUCUACGCGCCGGAAGAAAAUGCUAGGAAGAGGAAACGGGCUGAAAAGCUGAUGCGAAGUCGUAAGAACCGCGGCGCGCACAGGCGCGAUGACGACGAGGAAUAUUCGGAAAACUCAGACUCCUAUGGCAGCCAGACUGAUAAGGAAGGCCCGCAGCUUGCUAAGGACCGCCAAAAACUCACAGAAGAGCAGGUUGAGGAGAAGCUUCUGGCCUACAAAAAACAGCGAAGAGAGACGCGCGAUGAAUACAAAGUGCUGAGUAGGGAAAUCACCGACAUGCGCAAGCAAAUAGAAAAGGAAGAUAUCGAAUAUCAAAAAAUCUCCAACAGAAUUAAAGGUCGCUGUAUUCGGGAGCGCAACGAGUAUUCCCGCGCUGCGAUUAAGCAGGAUUUCGCUGCGGGAAUCAAAGAGCUUGAUCAAGAAAAUGCGAUGGAGGAAGACGAUACAGGAUUUGAUCCUGAUCAAGACAUUCGCGACUACGACGAAGUUGCCCGUAAUCUUCAUGUUUUCUGCGUUAGCAGCCGCGCUUAUCAAAAAUUGAGUGGGACACUUCUGAAAGAUGAUACCGAGAUCCCCCAGCUUCAACAGCAUGCAAAGAAGAUAACAGAAGUAGGACGAGCAAACGCCUGCCGCAAGUUUCUAAAUGGUCUAACCCGGCUUAUCAAUUCCAUGAAAAUAUGGGUCGGAAGUGAUGGAAGUGAAGCGACACUUUCGGAUGUAGAAAAGCGAAUUGAGGAGAUACAUCUGCGCAAACUGCUGGAAGGCCUAGAGAAGAAUCUUAAUGCACCCGUCGAGGAGGUUAUUCAAUUACUCAAGCAGGCUCUCUCUGAACACAUAUAUCAUGUUUUCGACUCAUCAAUCCCACUGGCGGUUGAUGCCGCAGUCGGUACUGCCAAUAGUUGGGGUGCGUCUAAAUCAGCAGGCGGUAUAGUUUGGGCAACCUACAAGGCCAUUGUUCGGCGCAAUGGCGUCUUCCAAAAUUCCUCAGGAAUACGUGACUUCAACCAAGAGCUCUUCGAGCCUGUUGGCCGCAACCUAACAACGGGGUGGGAGCGCGCUUUCCAACGCCGCUUUCCAACCAUCUUCGACGAGUUUGUGUCCAAGGCGAAGAUGCAAUUAGAGUCAUUCCAUGAAGCCGCUAAAGCCCGCUCUCAGAAGCAUCAUAUAAAUAUACCCCGGAUACUGACAUUGUCCCAUCAAUUGCAGACUCACACGCGUAUGUUGGAGUCACUUCCAGCUACUUUAUACGCCAGAACCAAUGAGCUUCAGAGAGGAAUUACUCGUCAGUUCUGCCCUUCCAUCUGUAUGUCCAUGACCCCUGCCUAUGUGACUUGCACAGCGGAAAAGGGACUUGGUUGCUAUGCUCGUAUGAAAGAAGCAAUGGAGAAGCAUGUCGAGCGCUCACGACACACCAUGUUCAAGGUAGCCGUCGACACAGUAAAGGAACAGUUAGACGAUCUCUGCGAUGCUAUCGAAAAGGGAAUGGCUGAUCACAUAGAAGGAAUAUCUUCUGCUAUAUUUCGUGAUUAUGCCAAAGUUCUCGUCGGAAUUACAGUUGACUGGGAAGGUGAACUUCCAUCCGAAGAGCUCGUCGUACGAGCUCGUGUCAAUGCGACCCUAGAAGGUUGCAACGCAAUGUUUGCCUCAGCUUUUACCUACCCCAACCCUAAACAGCACCAAGUCCAGGAUCCGGCAGGAAUGGAAAUAUAACCUACGGGUUCAAGAGGGGCCUGACAUGAGGGCGAUGGAUUUCCUUGUUUAUAAUAAGGAGAAUAAUUUGAUGUUGCCUUUGAUUCUUAUCUUCGGCAUCUGCUUUAUUGCUCAUGAGUAUUUCACCUACAGGAAGGAAAAUAAAGGGGGGAAAAGGGAAAAAAUAUGAAAAGGGUUGGGCGCAACAGGGUGUUAUAUGUGAGCGAGCCCAGGCUACAACCCAAGCCUAGAGAAGGUUAUCAAAAAUGU